CUAGUUAAAUUAAUUAGAUAACAAAUUGUAUGUAUCAUAAUUACUCUAUGAAACAACAAGUAAUUGCUCAAAAAAUAAUUUAUUAUAAGAUAUUAAUAGAAAAUUAUUGACUAUGUUUAGAGGUGGCGUCACCUGGUAAUUCUGGAGAAUCACGUAGUUCUGGAGGAGCUGCAAAGAGAUUGAGAAGAUUCAUUGGGUGUAACAUUAGCGCUAGUGUGAGAAAUAGGGACCCAAAUGAUAGAUAUGAGCCACAACCACUAGUGACACCGAUGAGUUUGAGGGCAAACGGUUUUCCUCAAUUUGAUUUUCAGUUGCCUAGUAUGGCUGGUAGUGGAGCUGAUCCCAGUCGUGAUCAUGCUUCACCGUUUGAGCCUUCAUACGAGAUUGAUGACGAGUCGGAGGAGUAUGAGUCGGAUGAUUUGAGUAUCGCAUUCCACCAGUCAGUCCGAUCAGAGACAGAGGUGCCCCCAGCGGAUCGUCACAUGUCGUUACUGGGGUUCAUGCUGUUACUGGGAUCUAUAGAGACCAUGCAGGGCGUUUCUACAGAGCUCCACAGCCUGGUGAGGGAUAGAGUGGUACUGCUGAUGUGGGAGAGGCCUGGGAGGCUAGAAGAGCGUGUGCUGGAGGACCGAGCGACCCGAGUUUACUCCGUAGCUUUCUUGGACAUGUUGCCCAACUUCAACAUCUGGAUGGAAGUUGGAUGGGCAAAAAAAAGAUGUGUAAGCACGUCGUUAUCGUCCUUCAUAACCUCUGUAUGAUAAUUCUCACGUUCAGCUGCUUGCAACGCAUACUGCAUUGCAUUCAUCUCGCCCAUCUCGUCUUUCCUAGACUUGGACCCGAGGUACCCCCAGCAUCUCUCAUCUGCUUCAGAUAUUCUUUAUCCUCCUGACUCAAUUUAUUCAUUCGACUGUGGCCCUCGGGAUAAAGCAUCUUCUCAUGAUUGUGAUACCCUCGCCUUAAACCGUUUUCUUGCUCAAUCACUGCUUGUAUCUCCAAGAAUGAAGGUCCAUCAAGAGC